GGAAUGAAGUAUGGGAAGAAAUAAGAGCCUUAGGCCUGUGCUUGACAUGUGUUGAGCUACCCUGGUCAUCAGUGCAAGGUGAAGAUGAACAUAGUAAUAGGUGACAGUGAAGAGAAGGAAGAUGAGAGAUACGUUCCUUAGAAUUAGAAGUCGUCUUCAACUUUCUUCCAGGAAAGCCUUUCACCGAGCGAGCAGCUAAGCCUAUGCCCUCAGACAUUGAUUGCUAUACAGAAUUUAGCAUAAAGUACUUGAAUAUUGAUUAUUAUUCUGAGGCUGAGAGAGCAAGUAACUUAAUGAAGCAAGACUUCGAAGAAAAGGAGAGAAUAAGUGUUGUGUUUCAAGUAGUAGUUGAUAAAGUAUCAAGUAGAGAAGUUCUUCCUAGCUUCUUUUCCAGCAAGAAAACGUAUUGUUCAUACGAAAAGCAAAGUACUUUCUCCAAUCCAACAGAAGAGGAAUUCAGCAAUCAAGUCUACUAAUACAAGUCUGUAGUUUGAGUAGUUGUUUUUUCAGCCGAUUCUCCGAAAUUGAAGACAAUUAUCCUCACUCAAACUUCAAAAAGUCCUUUUUUCUUUUUCUGAUGUAAAUUCUGUCUGUCUCCUUUGUCCUUCCUAACGCUAGUCUAGUCUCCUUCGUUCCACUCGUCCUUGCUUUUUUUUUUCUUCUUCCUAUCGUCAAAGAAAUAGGUUCAGUGGUUCGACCUCCCAAAGGUUAAAGAAAGACAUCGAUAUUAACCCUCCGGAUGAUGAUAUGCCCCAACCAUCUAUACCCCAUGGUUCGUUACUCGGGAAUUCGGAGAGGUCAGAUGAGAUAGAUGGGUGUGUUCAAAAUGGAAUGAUCCCCUUUCUCAUGUUUUCAUUUAUGUUGUCCACAAACGAAUAAAGAGUCCGAAAAGACGUACGCAUAACAGACUCGGUACCUAGGUCAAUGGGUUCAGUGGAGAAUUGCGUAUAGAAAGGAGCAAGAAAACGUAUGCGCUUUAGCAACAAAGCGCUCAUCCCUUGUUCUUUCGCUUGGAAGCUCAAUCCCCUCGCUUCUUCUUUCGCUUCUACGCUCGUGCUUUCAGCAAGUUCGUACCAGUCGUCAGUCAAGGAGGGAGCUCCAACCUCCGCGCCUAGCCACAACCUAAACGCUGGUUCUAUCCCGGCAAGGGGAACCCGGUGGGAAGAGGGAAAGAAAGAUCAGGGGAAGAAGCGGGGUAGAGGAAUUGGUCGACUCAUCAGGCUCAUGACCUGAAGACUGCAGGUUCGAAUCCUGUCCCCGCCUAAUCACGUCAGAUACUUGUACGAGUCCUGAUCACCUGGGUAAAAGAAUCUAUGUUCAAGUCGCCUGCCUAACAAAUAGACGACUGCGUACUGUAGUUAGUCUGUUCCGUUGGUCCGAUCCGAAAGUGUUGCUGUGUAAAAUAGAGAUUGUGUGGGUGUUCAGUCUCACAAUCUCCUCCUUUUUUGUUCUGGCUGGUUAGAGCAGAGGACUUAAAAUCCUCUUUUGCUUAGGACUCAAAAUCCUAACAGAGUGGUUCGAAUCCACCUCAGAACGAGAGCGAGCCUGAACGAAACCUAACGCUGCGCUUGACUGGGAAGACUGCUGCGCUCCCUGCGGGUAAUAGCAAGAGAGUGAAGAACGAACGAUCCUAAAAAAAGUAAGCAGUGAAUGAGUCCGACUCGAGUUCGUGGGUCAAAGGCGAAAGGCAGAUUCGGAAAGGAUAGGAUCCUCCUAUCAUGAUGAUUAAGGGAAGAGUGAAUUGAAAGAGAUAGAGAUGGUUCUUUUGUUCGGGAGACAACCAUUGUAGAUUCCAGCCGAGAAGACCAGGAAAAGAGAAGGAUAAAGAAUGUCAUAUAUCUCAGGAGCUAGAUCACUUCCCGAUGAACAAGUAAGAAUUGCCUCAACAAAAAUGGAUGGAAUUGGACCGAAAAAAGCCAUUCAGCUUCGUUAUCGAUUAGGUAUCAGUGGGAACAUCAAGAUUCAUGAGUUAACUAAGUAUCAGAUCGACCAAAUUGAACAAAUGAUAGCUCAAGAUCAUGUUGUUCAUUGGGAAUUGAAGAGGGGAGAACGAGCAGACAUCGAACGAUUAAUUUCUAUUUCUCGUUAUCGUGGAAUUCGUCAUCAAGAUGGAUCGCCAUUACGCGGUCAACGAACUCAUACUAAUGCAAGGACUGCUCGCAAGCAAAUUCGGAAAUGAAAGAAGGCUACCGAAAGAACAAGCAACGGAUUGAGCGCUCAUCCCUUGCGCCUGCGCAUACGUUUUCUUGCUCCUUGCAAGUCAAGUAGAGUAGUACUUGUCUGAUCAAUCACACUGUUCAAUUCAAUAGUUCUUUUUUUAUUUUUCGUUCGAUGUCUUGAACCGCUUACUAAUCACGUAUACGUAUAGUAGGCCCCCUUCGCCACUCCACGUCUGGCCCGUCUUGGUCUCGCUCACUUCGCCCGCCUAUCGUAUCGGUUCGGCUUCGUCCGUCAAGCGACAGCUUCACUAUCGCUCAUGACUGGUAGUUGUCUCUAUCUCUAUGUAUAUGUAGUAGUCGUAGUCGGCCUUUGUUAAGCUUCGCCAGAAGCGACUAGUCGCUUCCCGAAUGCCUCUUUCUUGUACUAAUUAAUGUGUAUGGUCUAGUCUUUCCAAUGCCUCUUUCCUUGCCGCCAACGCACGCUAGAUGGAGAGUAAGCAAGCUACCUUGCUUGCAUUCGUUAAACGGUAGCUUCCGCGCCCUUCCUGCCUGCAGAAAUUUAUGUGAAUGAUCGUGUCUUCGACAUCAAUUUCAGUCUGAUUAGAUAUGUCAUUGAAACAAAUCUGUUUUGUCUUUGUUUUAUUUUCGGAUGAUAAGGAUGAGCCAGCCGAUCCUAACAUAAUUUUGGAGGAGCCGGACGACGAAGCCUCCAAAUCUGAUAAGGAUGUCUCCGACGCGACCGGACUGCAACUAUAUAUGGGGUCCGGAGGGAAAAAAAAGAUAUGCUGUUUCCUAUCAGUCCCAAGCGGAUACCCCCCAGCUUCCACGGUCCGCUUACCGAGGAAGAGAUGCGGGAGGACCCAGGGCCAGAGCAAGUUGGGUUGGGGUAUAGAGCCGUAAGCGCGGUGGGGGUGACAGAGGAUGUGCUCGUACGGUUCAUAGUUGGGUAUGAUAUUCUCGUGGAUUGUUGGGAACGUCCUCUAUAUUCGAAAUAUGCCUUUCUAGGAGCAUUACGAUCUGCAGCUCAAAUGGUCUCUUAUGAAGUCUCUAUUGGUCUUAUUCUUAUUGUGCGCCUUGUGAGCACGUUUGGAUCCGCGAAGGCAAUCGCUCGGAUCUUCCCCUAACCCAACCCGGGAACGGACCGGAGGGAACCGCAGCAUGAGGAAUGUCCGCGUCUCGUCGCAAGGCUCGUUUUGAGUUUUGGGUCAUAGGGCGGGCAGUCCGGGGCACAAGGGUCCUGGUACUACCCAGGUGCGAAGAACCCCGGAGGUGACUGCAAUGAGAAAAAAUGUCACUCACCGGCCUAAACGACGAGCAAACACUCGAACGUGAGAGCAAGGGAUCACCCAACGAAUGGACGAGCUCCAAGGAGGGAGGCAAGAACCAUGCUUUCAGAGAAGUGGCGGUCCGAAUCCACUCUGACAAAAGAAAAUAACUGACUAAGCCGUAAGGGGGGCUCCACACGGGACGGGGCCAAGGCCUUCAUGUAUGGGUGACAGAUCGGCCAUAGGAGUACUCCGGGAUAUACACCAGGGCAACUAAUGUCGAGCAUACGAUGAUGCCGCCCGUUUUCAUUUCGUGAAAGUCCCCGGCAGAGGAAAGGGCUGUAGGUGAUGGCGCGUUCUGCUUCUUAGGGCUAGGGCGAUGAAAUCGUUCCUAUGGGAUCGUGCGUGGCAGCUGGUAUAGAUGAUGAUGAAAGGCGGGCCGCUUGAACCGGGACCUAUUCUCAUAAUAGGCAGCAAGCAAAGCUAAAUAGGAAAGGGGGCGACGCUGCCUUUUUCGUCAAAAUAAAAAAGGGUGGAAUGUGGAGCUAAUAUGGCUGGCUACAAGUAUAGCCAAAGAAAGAUGAGACGAGACGGACUGUCAGAGGACGCAGCGGGACUACCAGGGGAAAGCCCGCCCCCGCUAGCUAACAUAGAUAUCUAUUCUCGGUGCGCAUAUUCGAGAUUUAGAAUCUCUUUCCGACCAGGCCAGGCCGAAUCGGGCCACCACUUGGGAUGGGAAUGGCUCAGCCCACAUGCAUCAUUUGAUGAAAGCACUCCAGUCCAGUCGCCUCCGAUCAGUGGCUUGUCAACCACCGGACCGUAGCUCCUCACCGAAUGCCCCUGCGUUGGGGCAACACAGCACAUGACUAGUUCGCUCAAGGACCACACCCUCUCGAGAGCAGGAUGCCGGCCGAGAUGGAGCACCAACCUAGACUUUCCUUGGGCUUGCCCCAAUACAAUAAAGGGCGGGCGCCGAAAAGGAAGCAGUGACGCCUUUUCGACGAAAGCUUCGCUUGCUUGGUAGGCGCUGCUUACUCACCCUACUCCCUUAGACAAUGCAAUGCUCUGAACACGAAAGUUUGCAGUUCAGCCCUCUUCUCCCAUGCAGAGUCGCAGGCAGCGCCUCGGAUAAAAGCACGGACGAGCCACAUGCAGGGAAACUUGCACGUGUGGUUCUGGCCGGGGACCCCGGUAUACUGUACUAAUAUGUGUAGGUCCCUGUAAUUCGAGUGAGAUUGUCAUGGCGCAAAAGCAGAUAUGGUCCGGUAUUCCCUUGUUCCCCGUAUUGGUUAUGUUCCUUAUUCCUCGUCUAGCAGAAACUAAUAGAGCUCCGUCUGAUCUCCCAGAAGCGGAAGCUGAAUCAGUUGCAGGCUAUAAUGUAGAAUAUGCGCGGGAUGCGAUCCUUAAUAGUUCACUGUUGGCGGAAGCCAAUGUCUCGGGACUCAUUCUGACUUAAACAAGGGGUGGGUCUUUACCAAACCAACUUCCAAAUCCAAGAUUUAGGGAAAAAAAGAGGGGCACUCUUCAUUCGAAACUCAUGAAGAGGUUUUUGCCUUUUUAUCAAAAAGGGGAGUUGGGUAAAGCAAACUCCCUCCUUGGACGAGCACGGGGCUUAGUCAAGUAGAACCGGGUUGCGCUGCUUGAUGCUCCGAUCGAAAACAAAUCAGUGGGGCCAUGCCGGUACGACGGAAUAUGCGUUAGAAAGGUCAAUCCCUCCCCCCCUUUCUUUUUUUUUAAUGAAAAACCGGGCCGAACUUAUAUUAUAAAAAGCAGCCCACCCGCUUCCAUAGAACAAUAUCGCGGCAACGUAGACCUAAGUGGAUUUAUUGGAUCCUGGGGAACCAUCACAAGUACGGCCGGCCGGCCUAUAGAACGAGAAUGCCGUGUCGUCCAGCGGAGCUUAGAAGAAGGUGACUCGGAGCCUAAGGAAGGUGACUCGCGCAGACAGCUGACUCCUUUUCAAUAGAAAGGAAUAGCCAAACCUACCCAGCUGGCUGGUCAAUCUCAGUGAUCUUAUCGGCCGGCAAAGCGGAGACGGACGACCACGGUCCCGACCUUACCAGCACCGUAGGUUUACUAAUCAAUGAAGCCCCUCAACCUACUAUCUUUUCUUACAAACUCAACCAAGCCUAACCAAACCCCAUGCUAACGACAUGUUCUUGAUAUUGAUUGAGUUGGAGGGAGUCAGAGACUACCACGGAAUCCUUCCAUAGUCACCCCGGUGACCUUCGUCACCAAAGCGUCACGACAGUUUCAAAGACCCCUCAUCUCCAGUGGGGAUCAGUCGGAGCACGUAGGAAUGCCGACCACUACAUAAGCCACGUCUGGCUGAGGCGAGCAGCAAGCGGGGGGGAGUCUUUUGAAGUACAAGAACGUUGGGGUGGGACGCUAGUACUUAAACUAGGGUUGCUUCUUAGCGCUAAUCUUGCGUUUUCAGCAGUUAGUUGUAGCGCGCCUUCCCUCCUUCUCUCAUUUCGGAAAGAUUUGGCAGUAUUUUCUUAUGAUGACCUGGUCGAGAGAGUACGAAACAUCGGUGUAAAAGAUUGAGUGGGAUGGUUAUGGUUAUAGUAAGGGGCGAACCAAGUGCUUGCGCGAAGAAGCGAAUCAAUCAGAAUGGAGACAAGGAGAGGCGAAACUCAACUAAAAUGGAAAAGGGAACUCGACUAUCAUGAGCGAAGUGAGGGAAUUCCUUCUGAUUGGGUCCCUUAGGGGAGAGACAGAAGGUAUUAUUAAAUAGAAUCAGAUCUUUGACGAUCCAGUAUUAGCUAGUAAGUGUAUGGACUCAGACUUUGAUGACUCCCUAGUGGCCAGGGAAGCGUUAGCUUCACCCUUUGAACGUCUCAUUUACUCUCUCUAGCUCUCGACUUUACGUAUAGGAAUUUAAGGUACAUUGGUCGAUGAAAGUGAACAUCUAUCUUAUCUUACGCCACUUACUCUAGCUUUACUUUGUGGAAGACGUCCGAUUGAAUGAUCUCCAGUGGGUUCUAUUACCAUGUGUACCCAGCCUGCUUCCUUCUUUUUUACCAGCCUCUCUGCUUCUGUCAGUAUAGAGGAAAGUCUUCAAUCCAAAUAAAAAAAGGAAAAAAAAAGAUACCUAGCAUGACACAUCAGCUACGCCAUCAGAGCCUGUCCACUUGCUAGUCAGGAAAAAGAACCGCUCCGUUCCGUGGGCUUCUUUCGCAGCUCUCUUCACGCUCGCUUUACGAGUGCAACCAAGUUCAAUAAACUGUGAAUGCUAAUUUAAUUCAUAGACUAUGCUGGUUUCUAUCUAAGAGUCCUGUGAGACGCUUUCCUUCUCAUACACAUCUGAAGGAACGUUUGAUCAUCAGCAUUAGAGAGUUUUGCAGGUCCUUGAGAGAACGUUAUCCAGCCACCAUACCAUGGUCUGAGGUGAAAGAAAUUGGUCCUGGUCCAUAAAACGAAAGGUGCUGGGCAAGCGCAGAGAAGUCGUCUGAAGGGGAGUUCCAUAGGAAUGUUCAACUUCGAUCAACCUUGGUCCCAUGCCUAAAAAAGAAAGAAGGUAAAAAAUAGGGGUGAUAUAAUCCACUGCUCGCCUAAGAAUGUACUGACGUAAUCCCUACUAUGGCUUCCCGAAGGAUCCAGCAGCUAAGAGGGUCCGAGCCAUAACGGAUUGAUGUGACCGUAGCGGCGACUGGAAUCGAUCUGAAUGAGGCAGUUAUGGGACUUAUCUUAUCUAACAUAAAAUAUAUAUAUUAUAUAUGGAGGAAGGAUUCAAAAAAGGUGGGGGUCAAGGUGUAUAAUACGAGCUCCACUUUCAGGCAAUGAGCUAGCUUAACCCUGAUUGCUUAAGGUUUAAUACAGUCAUGUUGGAUCUGCUACUAAUACUAAGAAAGGCAGAGAAAGACUGAUUGCGACAGCUCAACCGGAUGAGACAUCUCUUAUUUACAGAACUGUGCCAACGUGUGCCUACAUUGUUUGAUUUACCAGUUCCGGGUAUUGGAUUUUGGAAUAGAAAGAAUGAAACUAGUACCAGCUUAUCGCCAACCGUGCUUUCUACCAACUCCGCCAACCCCAGACGGGAAUAUUUAUUUUUUUUUAUAGCCGCACCUGAGCCC